AUGAAAGUAGUCGGAUGCAGCCACUCCAAAACCUCAAAUAAAUUGCAAAUGAGCUGGCAGCUAGAUUUCAAUAGUGCACAGAGCAAGGCCUAUCGUCGUGGUCCUAUAUCACUGAGUGGCCAUGCCAAACCAUUUGUGAGAUAUCUUUGCGAAAGCUUGACUUGGCUUACAUACUCGUUAUGUAAUCAGAUUCAUUUUUUCCUCGAACCCAUUUUUAAGAAUACGUUUUACAAAGCAUUUAAUUUGCCUAUGGAACGAGUGGAUCAAUAUAGAGACCAAGCAGCUGUCCAAUGGACUCGGCUACACAACACAUACCAGCGGUAUCUGGAUAUCGCGACUCCCCACACAGUGUAUAGAUGGGCUGCAACGUAUGUGCUGAUGUUUUUGUUUGCCUUGAGAAUUGUGCUAUGCGAAGGAUGGUACAUUGUUUGCUAUACAUGGGCUAUCUACCUACUAAGCAUGCUGUUGCAGUUUCUGACGCCUAAGUUUGAUCCGUCUUUGGAGCAAGAAUACGAGAACGAGUCCAUUGAAGAGGGUACAGCAAAAAUGAGUGACAAAGAUGAAGAGUUUAGGCCGUUUAUCAGAAGACUUCCUGAAUUCAGAUUUUGGUUGAAUGCCACCAGAGGCACAAUUGUAGCUUUGGUCUGUUCAUUGUUCAGAGUUUUUGAUAUUCCUGUCUUUUGGCCUAUCCUCCUGGUAUACUUUGUGAUUUUAUUCACUCUGACUAUGAGGAGGCAAAUCCAACAUAUGAUCAAGUACAGAUAUCUUCCGUUCGACAUAGGAAAAGCACGCUAUGGGCGCAAGUGA